AUGUCUGAUUGGCUCCACAUUCAGCAACAGGACAAUGAUCCUAAACAUACAGUCAAUGUUCUUAAGAACUAUCUUCAGUAUGAAAAAGAACAAGUAGUUCUGGAAGUGGUGAUAUGGCUCACACGGAGUCCUGAUCUCAACAUCAUCCAGUUCACCUAUGAAAUUGCUCCUGUAUUUGUACUCUUAGAAUAUGUCACCUUAAAGAAAAUGAGAGAACUCAUUGGUUGGCCUGGAGGAUGUGGUGAUGGAAUAUUUUCUCCAGGUGGUGCCAUAUCUAACUUGUAUGCUAUGUUGAUUGCACGUUUCAAGAUGUUCCCAGAGGUUAAAGAGAAAGGAAUGUCAGCCAUCCCAAGACUGGUUGCCUUCACAUCAGAACAGAGUCACUUUUCAGUAAAGAAGGGAGCAGCAGCCUUGGGAAUUGGCACAGACAGUGUGAUCCUUAUCAGGUGUGAUGAAAGGGGGAAAAUGAUCCCAUCAGAUCUUGAAAGGAGAAUCAUUGAAGCCAAGCAGAAAGGAUACGUGCCAUUUUUUGUUAGUGCCACAGCAGGGACAACUGUCUAUGGUGCAUUUGACCCACUUGUUGCUAUAUCUGAUGUCUGUAAAAAGUAUAACAUCUGGAUGCAUGUUGAUGCAGCAUGGGGUGGAGGACUGCUGAUGUCAAGAAAACACAGAUGGAAGUUAAAUGGUGCUGACAGAGCCAAUUCUGUCACAUGGAAUCCACACAAAAUGAUGGGAGUUCCACUACAGUGCUCAGCACUUUUGGUUAGAGAAGAGGGAAUAAUGCAAAACUGCAAUCAGAUGCAUGCAUCCUACCUCUUCCAGCAAGAUAAACAAUAUGACCUGUCCUAUGACACUGGGGACAAGGCCCUGCAAUGUGGACGUCAUGUAGACAUUUUUAAACUUUGGUUGAUGUGGAGAGCUAAGGGAACAACAGGAUUUGAGGUUCAGAUUGAUAAAUGCUUAGAACUGGCAGAAUAUCUGUAUAAUAAAAUAAAGAAUCGGGAAGGCUAUGAACUGGUCAUUGAAGGAAAGCCUCAGCAUACCAAUGUUUGCUUUUGGUAUAUACCCCCAAGUUUAAGGCACAUGGAAGACAAUGAGGAAAGAAUGGCAAGACUUGUGAAGGUGGCACCAGUGAUCAAGGCCCGGAUGAUGGAAUAUGGAACCACCAUGGUCAGUUAUCAACCUCUUGGAGACAAAGUAAACUUCUUCCGCAUGGUGAUCUCUAACCCAGCAGCAACUCAUCAAGACAUUGAUUUUCUGAUUGAUGAAAUUGAACGCCUUGGACAGGAUUUAUAA